AUGGACGUCGAUGGACCCAGUAAACAGGCUCCAGUCGAUAAGCAUGCUCCCCUACCAAUAACCCAAUUUCUCUUCGACUGUGACAAUACUCUCGUUCGCUCCGAAGAAAUCGCCUUCGACGUCUGUGCCGGACUCAUAAACAACUUACUCUCCCAAAAAUGCCCCUCAACAACCACAAACUACACCGGCCGAUCACUCCAAUCCGAAUUCGUCGGCCAGAACUUCGCGGGUAUGCUUCGACAAAUCGAAGGAAUCUACAAAUUCACAUUAUCGCCCGAAGAACGUGAAGGUCUAAUAAACCAAGAAGUCACGACUAUUACCGAAGAACUGGGGAAAAAAGCAAGACCCUGCGUCAAUGCCAAUGAAGUAUUGAAGGAAUUGAAGGAUACGGGGAAAUAUGGGUUUGCGGUUGUAUCUUCCUCGGCAGGGCCGAGGGUUUUGGCUGCUUUGAGGAAGGCGGGACAGAUGGAGUUUUUUGAUGAGAAACUUAUCUUUUCGGCUAUGACCUCCUUGCCUGUACCGACGAGUAAGCCCGAUCCCGCGAUUUAUAAGUAUGCUUGUAGGAAGCUUGGGAAGGAUCCGAGGGAGUGUAUCGCCGUUGAGGAUAGUGUUAGUGGUGUGAGAAGUGCUGUUGCGGCGGGGAUUAAGACUGUUGGGUAUCUGGGAGCUUACGAACCAGAUGAGAGAGAAGCGAAGGGAAAAGAUUUGAAGAAGUAUGGAGUGGAGUAUUGUAUUGAGGAUUGGAGAGAGUUGGAGAGUGCUAUUGAGGCUCUGGGAAACUCGAACGUUUGGUGA